AUGCUACUCAUCUUAAUUACAUGCACGGAAAUUUUUCGAGGAAUAAACUGUAAGCCACAAAUGAUAAUGCGUCAUUCUCCAUCAUCUCAACAAUUACCACCAAUUUUAAUGCCUGCUAAUAAUAGACCUGAAUCAGAUGAUCGGUUGCUCUUAAGAAUGCUAUCACCACCACCGCCACCACUGCCACCACCGCCGCCACUACUACCACCACCGCCACUUCCACCACCAUUGCCGCUUCCACCAUCACCUCUACUUUUACCUCCUCACUCCUCUUUACUGCCAUUAUCAUUCUUAAAUGUUGAUGAUAUUCCAUUUCUGAUGGAUCAUUUUGCUCCAACUCCAUUUGAUCAUAUACCACCUCGAGUGUUUCAGCAAAUACAAAUGUUCUGUUACAGGUAUCCGGCACAUAGUAAAUGCAGGAAAAAAGAAUGGAUAACAGUUCAAACAGUCAGUUUUCCUACGCAGAAAAAUGCGAGUGAUUUUCUCUCUAUACCAGAAAUACCCCAAGUUGAUGUAUUGAAAAAUGUCCCAAAGAGUUUAAUUGCUGGUGCGCCGCGAUUUGCUUUCCGGGAAUUGAAAAAAGAGAGUCGCGAAACACUUCUAAAGACUUGCUUAUAUGAAGUGAAAUGUUUGCAGCAAGAAGAAAAAUCAACGCUAAAGCGUGAACAAAUUGCUGAUCUUGAAAUCAAUCUUGCAAAAAAAAAAGGUAUUGAUAAUUUGGAGGAUCACGUCGAAUUAAGACUAAUGCGCACACAACAGGUGAAGAAUUCAUUGCUAGAAUUUGCUGGAAUUGCUGAUUCGGUAGUACCCGCAGAUGAUGGAACAUUUCAAGAUGAUGUACUACUAACUGUACAACAAUCUAAUCAUUUAAUUAAUUCAAUUAAUAAUCCGGAAGUACGAAAAAAAAGACAGUCAUUGUUUCUAGAUGAUUUACCAAAUGAGAAAUGGAAUGUUACUAAACCAAUUAAAUAUGUUUUAGAUUCAUCUCUUGAAAUAAAGGAUGGAAAGUUAGUAAUGAAAGCACUGGAUGAAAUUGGAUUACAAACAUGCAUAAAAUUUGAACUCGUUGAGGAACAACCCAAUGAGUCACAUUUAUUGUUUGUAAAAAUUCCCCAAUCUAACAUUUGCGGUUUGAGCUAUAUUGGUCGAGUGGAAGAUGUUAAUCCUAUCUAUCUGAGUUUCGCUUGCGAAGAGAAUUUUGGUAUAAUAAUUCAUGAAACGCUCCAUGCAUUGGGUAUAAAUCAUCAGCAAUUACGUUUUGAUCGUGACGAUUACCUUAUUGUUAUGUGGGAAAAUAUUAAUCCAAAAUUAUAUGAUUAUUUUGCUGUAUCUGAUUUAAAGAAAUUUACAAGUUAUGGUGUAAGUUAUGAUUACUACAGUAUCAUGCAUUAUGGGCCAUAUGUUGGCGGAGUUAAUUCAAACAAGCCAACUCUAGUACCAAAAUAUCAGAGUGAACGAUUUCUUAAAGUGAUAGGUCAACGAAAAGCUUUAAGCGACAAAGAUGUUGAAUUAUUAACAGCAAUGUACUGUAGCAAAGGAUGCACCGAUAAUAACGUUUAUUGCGGUUUUUGGGCAUUAAAGCAAUUAUGCACUGAUAGCAGUUGGAUGAACAAAAAUUGUCGAAAAUCAUGUGGCUUAUGUUAA